GGAUAUAUUGUGCAGACAUUUGCCUUCGUUUUUAUAGUUCCAUUAAUGACUUCCGCUUUGAUCUGCAGUUGGUCGCUGGCGCCAGAAACAUGAAUUUAGAGCUUCUCGAAUCCUUUGGACAGAAUUACCCAGAGGAUUUUGAUGGAACUUUGGACUGUGUGAGCAUCGCCAUCACAUGUGCGUACAACAGACAAGGGACACUACUCUCUGUUGGGUGUAACGAUGGAAGGAUCGUCAUCUGGGAUUUCCUGACCAGAGGAAUUGCCAAGAUUAUUAAUGCUCAUGUUCAUCCAGUGUGUUCUCUCAGUUGGAGUCGGAAUGGACAUAAACUUCUUAGUGCUGCUACAGACAACACAGUGUCAGUGUGGGAUGUAAUGGCCGGGGAGUGUGACAAGACAUUCCGCUUCCCCUCUCCUAUCCUCAAAGUACAGUUCCACCCCAGAAACAGUAAGCGGUUCCUGGUCUGCCCUAUGAAACACCCUGCUGUUAUGAUGUCCAUCGACGGGACACAUACCUCCAUACAGAUGGACGACGAUUCAGAUCUUAAUAUUGUGGCAGCAUUUGACAGACGGGGAAAACAUAUCUACACAGGCAAUGCCAAGGGACGGGUGCUUGUUUUUCCUAUUAAAGAUCUCACUAAGCUGGUAGCUUCAUUCCGUGUAACAACUGGGACGUUAAACACGACAGCUAUCAAAUCUAUCGAGUUUGCUCGGAGGGGAGAGUGUUUCUUGGUCAACUCUGCAGACCGAAUCAUCCGUGUGUACGAGAGUCGAGAGGUCAUGACCUGUGGGAAAGAUGGCGAACCGGAACCAAUACAAAAACUCCAGGAUCUUGUAAACAAAACUCUGUGGAAAAAAUGUUGUUUCUCCGGCGAUGGUGAAUACAUUGUAGCUGGAUCGGCACGUCAGCAUUCCUUGUAUAUAUGGGAGAAAAGUGUUGGUAAUCUGGUAAAAAUUCUCCACGGAACAAAAGGGGAACUUCUACUUGAUGUGGUGUGGCACCCUGUGCGUCCCAUUAUAGCCUCUAUAUCCAGUGGUCUGGUGUCUAUCUGGGCACAGAAUCAAGUGGAAAAUUGGAGUGCCUUUGCGCCAGAUUUUAAGGAACUUGAUGAGAAUGUAGAAUAUGAGGAGAGAGAAUCAGAGUUUGACAUUGAAGAUGAGGAUAAAGAAAAAGAGGAGGCUAAAGGGCCUGACGAAGAGGACAUAGAAGUUGAUGUUACUACUGUAGAACCCAUACAGGUGUUUGUUAGCAGUGAUGAGGAGGAUGAGGACACAGAAGCCUUGUUGUUCCUGCCUGUAUCACCAGAGCUGGACGAGCCAGAGGCUCUCCCUGAAGGGGUGUUAGAAGAGCCCCCCGCCCCGGAAAAGAAACGUCCUGCUCCCACUGAUCAUACUCCGUCACCAAAGAAAAAGAAAUUUAAAUCCAUAGACGUUGAUCUACCUAAUGCUCCCAUUGAUGAAAUACACCCGUUGUUGAAUGUGAAAAAACCAAAUGAAAAGAAUGCCGGAAAGAAAACCCGUCCUAAACAGAGACCCCCGAAAGAAAAAUCUAAACACAAGGAAAAGUUAAAGGAUGAUUUUUACUGAAACAAGUCACGCGAGGGAAAACUGUAGAUAAUGGGCGGCCUUAACAAAUUCACAUGGAGUACAGCCGGCAGUCGUCUGAUCGGAUGAGUUCUGGAGAUCCGAGGAUAACAACAGCCACAUCGAACCAGUCAUCUCUUUAACAUGGAUGUCAGAUCAACUGUUGUGUGUCAUCCCUGUCAUGUCUGUAGACAGUUACAUUGGUUAUGGUAGGAAUCAUUUCUGUAUAAAUACGGUUACAUUGUAUAUCAUGUGUCAUGCCGAUGUAGAUUUGUACAGAUGCUGGUGUAAAUAUGUACAUUUGAUGUAUAUAAAGCCAAUAAAUAUUGUAAAAUCUUAAA